UUAAUAUAAAAUAAAUACUUUUAUUCCCUUUUCAAUGAAUAAUGAGCAGAUCAAACCCAGAAUGUAAACUUCAUUCAUCACUUAUUAAAUAUCGGAAUGUCUCGCCCAAAACAAUAAACUCCAUUCGCUUUGGAUUCGCCUGAGGUUCGCCUCAGUUAGCGUUCACUCGGUUAGCUUCUUGAUAGCAUUCACUGCAGAGAUUUAAAGCCAAGCGACUUGUGUUACCACGGAGGCCAAGUCGGUAAAUGCACAUGUUGUGAAUUGUAAUUUGGGUUGUCAUUUUACUUGUAUUGCCAAAUGACAGAAUCACAACAAGUAGUGUGAUUUUUUUCAUUGUGAUGUAAAAUUGAUAAAAGUUCUAAGAUUAUUUAUCAUAUAUAAAGAGCAUCUUAUUUCAAAAAACAAACAAAAAAAGCAUAAUUUGAUCGUCUGAUCAUGAUGAUAUCAUACAUGCCCAUAUUGACCCAUUGUUGGCCUGAUUGAUCGGUGCAGCCCAAAAAAAAAUCUCUAAACAGAUGAGUAUCAUCAGGGCUGGACUAGUUCCUGGUGUGAUGUUAAAAAAAAAUCAUUGCCAUGGACUUGCUUAUCAGUCUUUUAUUGAGGAGAAUCAUUUACCAACUAGUGAAGAGAAGAAAUGAAAUGCAUGGUUAAAAAAUGGUGUGCUUUUUGGGAAGGCUUCUGAAGUCUACGUCUGGAAGUGGCUCACACCUUCUUCGAGUCAAAUGUGAAUGCUGUCUCUGUGUCUUCUGUCUCUUGCCUUUCAAACAAACACACCCUAAGCUGGCAUGUCACUCUCCUGGUGUCGCUUGGCAUGAUUCAGUCUCGUUCUAACGGUCACAACUGUCUGAUAAAGUGGUGACCAAAACCGAUGUUUUAAAGGGCGUGGGGUGGUGAGUCGAAAUUGUCGGCUGAACAAUCAUAAGGGUGGUUUGAUGUGGCCUUGAAUGAGGAAGCAGGGUGUUGCAGAGCCACGGUAGUGCAGUGGAGAGAUGAUGAUUAAACCGUCACUCUUCGGGUCUGUCAUGAACUCAUGAGGUCAGAUAUGGGUUUUGGCAGAUUAUGAUGUUUGUGAAGGCAGCGAGUCAGGUAGAAGGAGCCAUUUACUGGUGUACAGUGAAGACUAUGUUUCAUUCAUGUGGCCAUCUGGUCAUGUAAAUCCACUGCCAGUCUGUUACUGGGUUCAUAGAAAAAUGCAUCCAUUAAAAGAGUCGCCAACACGUGUGAAUGCUUUUGGACUGAGCAAAGACACAGACACAAAACAGACCUGAAAUUGUCAUGCGCAGUCGCCUCAUCGCUGUUUUGUCAGUCAUGGAAUUUGACUACAAGUACUGCUGACAUUAUAGCUAAUCUUUAUUUAAAAUUGAUGCUCGAAGGCUAAUAUGAAGAGAAUGGUGCCAGCUGGGUGACAUUUGUGAUCGAAGACUGUCUGCAAAAUAAACAUGGAGGUUGACAUUUGCAAGGUCAGCUGACUUGUAUGACUUUCACUCUGUGUUUCAAAGGUUGGUAGAAUUAGGGAUGAGUGUGUUUGUAUCAACAGAAAAGUUGGGAUGUGAAGUAGCAAGGCUCAGAGGUGUGGAGGAGGGACGUCAUGAACAUGAAUGUGGAGCGGGGUGAGCACGAAUGAUUCAUAUUUAUGUCUUUUCUAUUGAUCUAAACUGAGUUUUGGUCAAAUAGAAUAUAUGAUGGUACAUCACAAUGCUUCUGCUACGCAGUGCAGCCGAGGCAAAACUCUGGUUUACCUCUGCUGUGGAUACUUCAGGAUGAUUGUUUAACUGCAGACCAACUCUGCUGUAGUGCAAUUUCAGGACAGUUAAAUAGGAUUCGGAUCACUUCCUCAAUAUCUCUCAAGUUUCUCUGAACGCUUCAUCUGGCUAGAACUACGGUGGUCACCAUUCAGUCAUGGCGAUAUUGACUCCGAUCGAUGAAAUGAAAGUAUUAAAUAAUCAGAGAAAAAACAACGACAACCUCCUGUCAUGGCUGUCUAUGAGAUCAGACCCAGUUGCUGAAUUGUUGCAGGUUGACAGAAGACUCGGGAGAUCGAGAGUAGAUUUAACAAGGUUUAUUAGCAAUUACGCAAGAACACAAAAGACAAAUCGUUGAACCAAGGGCGCCGACACCAGAACACUGAAGGGCAGGGGAAAAACCCGGGUGUAGAAAUCAGUGGAGUCUGAUUAGUGGAAUGGGAUCCAGCUGCGCUGCUGUGAUGCUAACAAGAGAGAAGGAAAAGGAAACGACACAAUAACAACAACAAUAACAAAAUAAAAGCACUAGAGAAACAACACAUGACAUCCCCAGCAGAGUUUGGCUGACAGCAGUGUCUGAAAGUGUGCCGCUCUUAAAUAUUAGUUUGCGACUCCAGCUCUGUAAACUGUCUGGCUUUCAGGCACGCAGUGUCCCUUUAGUAAGAGCAACCAGACCCCCCCACCAACUCCACUCAACAACUCUAAAGUCUUCUUCCUCUCUGCUCACUUGUAGCGCCCCUGACACGUCCACUAGUGUGUUCAUGGAGGGCAAAUCACAGAAUUAGUUUAGUGGCUAAGUUGGACCUUGGGAGCAUUGAGUUUAGAGCUCCAAUAUGAUUCAUAGAAUGAAUGCAACUCUGUGAUGAUUCCUAUCAAAAUAUAAAACCUAUUAUUUAUUUAUUGUAUUUUUUGAAUGCAAAUGUUUGAAACCUCAAAAUAAAUCCUUUAGUUAUAAUAAAAAGAGUCCACCUGUGAUGUACAUUUGCGACCGAACUGUGUGUCCCUGACGCGGCUGCUCUGAUGCUGCAGAGUGAACCAGAGAGGAGCCUGCUGCUUUCCAGGAACAGAAACGUGCGUGAUGUGGAGACGUGAGGAGCUUUGCUGCAGAGCACCUUGAUAACGUGGGACAGCGAGUGCACUGACCUUUCUGAACGCAGGACAUGCCGAGCUUACAGGAGAGGGUGUCCUGUCCUCUUGAGUGAAGUUUGUAUUGAUCUGUCGGGCAGCUGGGGAGGAGGGGGGCGUUCAGACCAGCAUGAUGAUCAAGCACAGGAGCAAUUACACCUGCUCAUCUCUCAAGCCGCCUCUUUUUGGCUGCUGUGCGUCUUUGUUCUAGCCGGCUACAGUGGGCGGACAAAUUCAUUUUACCACCUCCCCCAAUCGCUGCUUCUCCCACUCCACUGCAGUGUUCUCCUUCUGGGAUGUCUAUCUGCAUACACACACUCUCUCUUUCCCCCCUGCCGCUUCCUCCGUCUGUGUGUGCCGCCAUCAGACGCAGAGACAGAUCAUAUCUGCACCACCAACCCCCACUUCUCCGCCUACUAUUUUUGUGUUCUCCAGUUAUAUUUCCUCAUUUUUGGAAUGUUCAACUAUCCCCCAGAGUGCAGUGCGAGAAACUCCUCGCUCUGGAACAACCUUGAAAGUGAACUUUCAUUUCUGCCUCGGUGGUUGCGUCUGUUUUCAGCCUUUAUCGCCAUCUGUAUUCAGGCAGUGUCUGGACACGUCACUCCGUCCAAACCAACCGCGCCGCGUGCUUUAACGCGCACAUCACUCUGCUGGCAAGUCUGUGUUUGUAUUCGACACAACCACCACACCUGUCCCACCACAGUCGUCAUGUCGGAGUCCUUGCACAGUUGGGGGAAAAAAAAGCAUGUGGCUUGGGCAUGACUUUGCUGCGCCGGGGUGGAACGAGGGAUGGGCUCUAUGGAGGGAGGAGUUCCUGUGGAAACCGCCUGAUCAUUGGCCGUCGGUGCGCUCUGCCUGCCUGCAACAGUCUGCCCAAUUGGCUGCGGCUCUGCACUGAUCACAGCAGCUGCAGUUGUGAAGAAUUGCUCCGUCUCUUUCUGUCUCUUUUCCUCCUCCUCCUCCUCCUGUAAUAGCUGUCGACUGUGGCUCAUCACUGUCAAGCGCACGUGCCAACCCGCGCCGACUCAAGGACACUGCUUUUCACUGUAUGAUUCAUGUCAAGUUAGUCAAUAACUCCCUGCUCUGUGGAGCGCAGGAGUGCUGAAGUGACGUCUCUGUCCUGCCUGCAGUCUCCCCCGCCUCUCUCUUUCUCUCUUGUAUCACUUAAUCAAGACAUAGCUUGCCCUUUCCUGUUCAUUGCUGCCUCCCUCCCUCCCGUAUGCUCGGCUCCCUUAUUUGUUUGUCCUCGCUUGUUUCUCCGUGGCUUUUUCCCUUCCACCCUCUCGCCUUCUGGUCCUCAUCACCUUCCGUUUAGCCUUGAAACUGCUUGCACGAGUCCGCCACCCGAGGACGAGAGAACGAGGCGAAGAAACACGGAUGAAAGGAUGAAAUAGAGAGUGAGAAGAGGAAGCGAAAGUAAUGUGCCUAUUGAAAGAAGUCGUCCACUGCUGCUGUGUAGCUGCGGUGCUACUAUCUGCUGCUGUGUGACAGCUGGAUGAGCUAAAGACGGAGUCUGUUUGGCCUCGCUGGGAAGCUAUAUUUCUAUCUGACAACCCAAAGCCAUGUUGUUUGAGCUGCAGCCUCCACAUGCUGUGAGCUGAUCCUCGCCUCGUCUCAACUCAAGGACACCAUCGUUUCCAGAUUUUUUUGUUCAACACAGACGAUAAGACCUAGGGAUAUAAAUCUAUCGGCCAUGUUGACGUGACUUUGACUGUAACUUCCGGGGGAAUCUGUUUCAUCGACUGGCCUGGUAAAAGUCGCUGACGUUAACCAGCCACUUGUUGGGGCUGAAAACAGAAGUAUUUCCCAACAGUCCAGAAUGCCAGAGCGAUAAAGUCGAGUCAAGUUUUUUAAUGACAGAGCUGGCCUCUGCAUGCGAUUCUCACUAUCUCACGACUUCAGCUGACAGUUUUCCCAGGAAAGAGCCAGCACGCCGCACUCCCACAGGGACCUGAAGCCACCGCAUCAGCUUGAGUUUGCUCUCACCAAACUUGAUGAGCAGAGUUCUCUGGUGAUGGCCGGCAGCAUGAACAUGGGUCGGGACACCAAGUGGUUGACCCUGGAGGUGUGUCGGGAGUUUCAGAGAGGCACCUGCUCCAGGUCUGAUGCUGACUGCAAGUUCGCCCACCCUUCCCGGAGCUGCCACGUGGAGAACGGCCGAGUCAUUGCCUGCUUCGACUCACUCAAGGGUCGCUGUACUCGUGACAACUGCAAAUACCUGCACCCACCCCCUCACCUGAAGACGCAGCUGGAGAUUAACGGGCGGAACAACCUGAUCCAGCAGAAGGCUGCCGCCGCCAUGUUGGCUCAACAGAUGCAGUUCAUGCUGCCCGGAGCUCAGCUGCAGCCCAUCACAACAUUUCCAGUGUCGCCUUCUUUGGCCACUGGCUCCAGCAUGGCGUUCAGUCCCUAUCUGAGCCACAUAGGUCCAGGUAUGGGCUUGAUGCCUGAGCUGCUGCCCAGCACCCCCCUCCUGGUUCCUGGUAGUCCCACAAGUCUGGCAUCCAUUGGAAACGGCACAGCAACACAGAAGCAUGUGCGCUCAGACAAGCUGGAGGUUUGUAGAGAAUUCCAGCGGGGCAACUGCUCCCGGGGUGAGAGUGACUGCCGCUACGCUCACCCCCUGGAGGCUGGCAUGGUGGACUGCAGUGAGAACUCCGUCAUCGUCUGCAUGGACUACAUCAAGGGGCGCUGCAGUCGAGACAAGUGCAAGUACUUCCAUCCGCCCGCCCACCUGCAGGCCCGGAUCAAGGCUUCGCAGCACCAAGCCAAUCAGAACUCAGCGCCUGCUGCCUUGUCUCUACCACCAGGAGCUGUGCAGCAGCUACCAAAGAGGCAGCUCCUAGAGAAGAGUAACGGAGCUCCUGCCACCAUCUUUAACCCCAAUAUGUUCCACUACCAGCAAGCUCUGGCCAGCAUGCAGCUCCAGCAGCCAGCCUUCAUCCCCACUGUUCCCAUGAUGCACGGUGCCACCACCUCCACUGUUUCGUCGGCCUCGACCUCAAUCACCAAUGUUCCUUACGAAUCGACCGCCUCCGAUCAGACCCGUCAGAACUCCUGACUCCAGAUCCGGUGGAGCUCCAGUGCGUUCCCAUGGAAACCCACUACUGUCCCGUCCCCAAACUGCUGAUGGCGGCUCCAGUGGCCGUAAAUCCUCUAAGCCUUUCCAGAAACGCCACUUAAAAGUCAGAGAGAUGUUUGCGCUGGCUGUGCCGUCGUCUCCCUGAAGGUGGCGAGACGUGCCUGACACACAGCGCACAUGGGACCCGUCUGUCGGGGCGUCUGACUUUACGUCACGUGACACACACACAGAGCUGAAUGUGGCGGACCUUACUCAGACUUGAACGACAGCCAUACAAUACAGACUCCUGCUCGCCAACACACGCGUCGAGACUUUCCUCGAAGGGAUUGGAGCCAUCUUUUCAAAACAAGGACGUUUAAUGAACUCUAGUAAUCGACAUUCCUGCGACGUAAUCCUGACUCAUGACUUUCCGGCCACUGAUGUACACGUCUGUUCUCCACAUAUCUUCGUGACACAGCAAUGAGAUCAUUUGUUUGUGCCUUUAUCAACUUAAUGGGGAAAGAUAAGCCCCUUUUAUUGAUUUGUCAAAACUCAUUUAAGAGCUUUUAAUUCCUGAUGACGAUAUCAAUUUAAUGUAGUGUAGUAAUGAAAAGAUACAUGAUAUAUUACUAAACCCUUAACCUAUUUAAAGUUAUUUAACAAUAAUCCUUGCGUCUGUAACUAGUUUGACCUUGAGCUCUAGUUCAGGUCUGGAAGGGACUGGUGAACUGUUCAGGUCAAAUUAUGGUUCCGUGUUCUGAAAACAAUAAAUAAGGAAAGAAAUCCAGCACUUAUAGGACUUUGGUUUGUACAGAUCCGAUGGUCAACAUGAAUCAAGUGGUCGGAACAAACCAUUAUUAUUGCAACAUUUUCUCCUGUAAUGAUUAUUUUUGGAAAAUUGGUUUAGGAAAUCACAGAGAAAAAAAUAGCACUUGAACUCAUCCAAUUUUAUCGGUGUGAAGUUGUUUUUAGGAAUAAAGCAGUGUGGAAUGGCAUCAGGAUGUGGGGUCCGAUCCCCUCACUCCAGCCGACAUGGUUGGGUUGAGACCAAAGUAGGUCCUCUAGUGGCAGCUGUGCUGUCUGAGUCGAGUACAACAGGGCUGAGAGAGUGGCUGUAGACUUGCCUUGUUGUCAAGUUCAAACACAUUCUGUAAUCUCUUUUGUAGUGUUUUGUACUUCAGAAUGAUGUCUCUGUUUAAUAGAACUGGCUGAUGCAGGUCCCCUCCGAACAUGCCGAUUAUUCUCUUCAUGAAAUCACAACUCAGCUGAUGCCUAACCAAUUCAAUGAUCUCCAAGUGUGUUAUCCAGGACAGUGUGUUUUCAUCAGUGACCUCCUGAUGGUGUCUCAUGGGUUUAUUUAGGAAAAUCCUUUCUUAGAGUGAAACUGCGAGCUUUGAUGUCACUAUAGAAAUGUCAAAUUUAGCUACAGAGAUCUGUGAAAGGAGUAAAGAUGAAUCAGCUUUAACAUUAGUUUUGUCACCAAUGGAAUCAGGGAUGUUUAUCUGCUGCCUAAGGGUCAGUGACGGACAAUAAAGAGAAUCAGCUAAAGCUAACUAGGUGGUUCAGUUCAUCCAUCCAGUGAUUCCUCCGACAGCCUUUUUCCUCUGGUCCCUUUAUGAAGCAAGUGUGAAGCAAUACUUCGUGGUUCAGGAUGCAAGUCAACAAGGCCACCUUAAAUGGCGCGUGUUAUUCCAAAACUGACGGUUUGAUGUGGCCCCUUUUGACCUUCUUUUGGCUUCAUUCGGGUGGAUUUCUUUACUCUCCUGGGUCCGAUACAGAACGUCUUUCUGCCUUCACUGUUAACUGCAGAACACUUGACUGUUGAAUUGUGCCUCAUGUGAGCAGUGAAGCCACAUUGCACACCCUCUGAACCAAUCCACCGCCCCAUUCUUUAUUGUUCUCAAGGUUCUUCUGGCCUCCUCCUUCUCAGCUCUUUGAACAUAGCGAAUGUUUCCAGGCACAUGAUCCUUCCGCAUGCCGACCAAUAAAUACAUCCACAUGCAUUUGUCACCAUGGGCACAAACAAGUGUUGUUUAAUCUCAUGCGCUGUAUAAAUUGCGAUUAUCACAUGUACAACUUUAAAAUAGAGAUACAUUUUUUCUUUUACAUGGAAACAGCAUGAUGCUUUAUACAUAGCGAUUUGUUUGUGCACAUGAUGGAGUCAACUAUGAUGGCAAUAGUUGCUGUUGCUGUGGCAACUGAACUACAACAUGGCUACCUUUUUAUAAUCAUGAUUGUGAUUAUUUUCUGCUGUGUUCUUGAAUUAAGAUACUCCAAUAACUUAUUCGGAAAGGGAAUGUGUCGGUAGCUUGUCUUGUCGGUGAUUCAAUAUUUUAUAAGCGACUUGCCUGUACUAUCCAAAGGUGGUUUCACUUAUUUUGGUGGGGAUUAUUUUCAUGUUUUUCCUCCUCGAACAUUGUUGUAAGGCAACACAGUAAUGGAUUACGUCAGGCGGGGAAAGAGGUUGUUGGAGUGAAGUGCUGGGCUCCACCUGCGCGGAGCGGAGAGCUCUCAUCAUCCCUGUCACUGGUCUCCGUGGCGGCCCCUUCCUGCCCAGCUGUGCUGGGUGAUGUCCAUCCUUGCUGCCAGUUUACGAAUGUUUGACGUUCACCUCGUUUGCACUUAUGUACAUAAAUAUGUCAAGAAUAACUCAAAAUUUAUUUUGAAUAAAUAUAUAUAGAAAAGGUUGAUUAAAAAUCCAAUCAAUGUCGAUGAACGUUUUAGUGAAGACAAAUGCCUUUUUCGUUGCUGUUUGCCAAGCUUAAUGUUGCUGAGUUCUAAACAUCAAUAAUUCUGUUUUUUUUUUCAAUCCUCCUACCUGGAGGUUUUAAAUCAUAUAUCUAUGAUAAUAAUAAUAAUGGAAACUGUGAAUAAAAACAUCCAUCUUUUUCUCCACAGUGCGGCGCCACCUACAGCACGUAGGAAUCAUUCUAGUCUUCUUAUAAAACAAAAUUCAAACUGGUUUAGCUCUUCAUGAAUUCUGGCACAGCUGAUGCUUUCGGACACGUUGCCAAGAGACUGGUCCUGUGAGUGGCAGGACUGAGUCAUGCCGAUGAGUCAGUUCGCAGUUCUGCCGCUGUUGAAUAUUGACUUCAAAUGUCUCAGCUCGAAUGACCCAAAACAACAGUUUGUAGGAGGGUAAGGUCCGAAACACAACUCUGUCUCUGCGAUAACUGGCGUGUGGCUUUUUACUGAGUUCAUCUGAACGUAACAUUCAGUGUCCGUGCCUCUGAUCUCCAACAGGCCAUUAUGUUUCUCCUUUAUCACUCAAAAAAAAAACCAAACAGCACAUUUAUAUGUUGUGUGUGAAAUGUAUCCCUUUACUCACAGUUGUGUGUUGAGGCUCUGAAAUGUGGGUGCCGUCUCGACAGUGCUCUGCGUGAGAGAGGCAUGGGGCCAAAGACUGUCCAGGACUAAGCCAUAUCAAACUGUUAUCAGCGAGCAUAACAGCCGCGUGUGUCGUUUCAUUCAUCCUCUGCCAGUGAUAGUGUCUGUGCUGCUGUGCAACAUUUCAUUCGCAGUGUUGGCUAUGAUGAGUAAGUUACUGUGCCUCUAUGACGAAUUCUGUAACUUCUGUUUGACCUUUAAUAAAACAUCAGUCAGA